AUGGUGCGUUGCUUCUGGCUGGCGCUUUACAGUCUUGUUGCUCGUGCGUUUCGCGUCCAGGAUGUGGAUGGCCUUGAUAAGCGCCUCCGAGCAACAUGCGUGCAACCUUGGCUUCCAGACGAGACUGCAUGCGCUGCACGCAACAUCAAGGAGAUGCCCAGCCUCCCGGCCGACGCCGUCUUCACAGUGCAGUACGCGAGCCACCCUAUUCAAGGCUUCGGCCUCGACCCGUUCUCUGAGAUCCUCUCCUUCACGCAUACUGCCUUGGUGGUGACUGAGAUCUUGCCCGAUGGCGAUACCUCGGUUCCUACAUCGCUGCUUUUCGAGUACUUCGCCAGGAAUUUUGGUCCAAAGGCUGUGCUGCCCUCCUUGGGAGAUGGAGCGCCAACGUGGGAAAACCAAGCAGUUCUGGCAUGGCGCCCAUCGUUGGAGGACAAGAAGGACAAACAAGGCGUGUGGUAUGACAGCGCAAAUGUGACGACUGUGGGCAAGGCCACCGGCAAGAUCUUGAAUGAGUGGUUCAAGGAGGCUGUCCUGUGGGCCCAGCAGCACCCCGGCUACAGUCUCUUCAGUGUAUGGGACAGGCCCGAGGUGGAGAGACACACUGCGUAUGUGGAGGACAGCAUCUGCGAUUCCUUCACUGAGUGGGGCUUAAAAGCCUUGUAUAAGCUUGGUUCGAAGUUCUCAGUGGAGGGCGCUUUGUGCCGCAACUACUUCCCUUUCAUCAGCAACACCAGCCCCAGGAAGCUGGACCUGUCCUCCUCUGAUAUGGACAAGGUCACAGAUUUCUACGGAACCAUUGAAUCGCUUAUGCUGAAAGGGACGACUUUUCGUGACCUCGCCGAGUUUGGCUCGGCAUUCUUGAAGGCGAUCAAGAUGCUGCAUACCCCCGAGGCGGUUCUCUUCCAACGAGGCCCUGACAACUCCACUGGGGUGUAUUUUGAUGUCCAUCUCGUGGAGCCAUAUCUUGCAGUCCUGCCGGAGCAGAUUUCCCAGCGAAUGAUUCUGCCUUGGCAGACAAUUCCCGCCAAAACAGAUGGUGAGUGUUCGCAUAUCAGCUUAGCACCUAUCCACGACCUGCUGAAAUGA